ACGCGUUUGAACUGGAUCCAAAUAUCCAAAUAUAUCAUAAUUUUUUUUAUAUAUAAAUUAAACAGUAUAUACUCUGAAUUAUCGCAAAUAUAAAUGUAAGCUUUUCGAUGAAAUAGAAAAUAGGAAUAAUUGGCUAGAAAGUAUGAGAUAUUAACUAAUAUGGAUUAAGAUAAAAGUAAGCAAAUUUCAACUGCACUAAGAUUAGGAUUGAUAUUGAUAAAAAUAUGGGUAACUUAGGAAAUAAAAUAAAAAAUAAAAAUCGAAUAUACGUUUUAAUAUCUCACCUAAAUACCCUGGAUUAAUAUCCAGUACAUUAUUUACCUGGAAAACAAUCUAACGGCUGUAUCUCUACGAAUCCUAUCUUAAGAAAAUCUCAACCGUUGAUUAUGAUCUUACGCAGAUUCUGCUGGAUUUUUUCCUUAUAAUAACUUCGGUAAAAACUUCCAAAUAAAAGAAGAUAAAUAAGGAAAACGCUUUAUCUCUUAAGGAAAAACAAAAAUGUAAAAACACCAAGGACAUUCACAAAAAACAGCUCACGCAUAUCCGGAUAUAUAUCGUAUAUAUAUAAUAUCUAUAAUUACACACAGAGAUUAAGAUAUAAAUACAAUUAGCGAGAGAGAUCUUGAGGAUUCCAAUUCUUGUGACGUAGAGAGAUCAAACUCAGAGAGAGAGAGAGAGAUGGUGAAGGAGACGGUGAUGGUAGCGAAGACGUGCUCACACUGUGGCCACAAUGGCCAUAACGCACGGACUUGUCUUAACGGCGUUAAUAAGGGAAGUGUUAAACUGUUCGGCGUUAAUAUAUCUUCUGAUCCGAUUAGGCCGCCUGAGGUGACGGCGUUAAGGAAGAGUCUCAGUUUGGGAAACCUUGAUGCUCUUCUCGCUAACGAUGACAGUAACGGUAACGGUGAUCCUAUCGCCGCCGUUGAUGAUACCGGUUAUCAUUCCGAUGGUCAGAUUCAUUCCAAGAAGGGUAAAACUGCUCAUGAGAAGAAAAAGGGGAAGCCAUGGACGGAAGAAGAACAUCGGAAUUUCUUAAUUGGUUUGAAUAAACUCGGAAAAGGAGAUUGGAGAGGAAUUGCAAAGAGUUUCGUGACGACAAGAACACCAACACAAGUCGCAAGUCAUGCUCAAAAAUAUUUUAUUAGGUUAAACGUUAACGACAAGAGAAAAAGACGUGCUAGUCUCUUUGACAUCUCUCUCGAAGAUCAGAAGGAAAAAGAGAUGAAUUCUCAAGAUGCAUCAACAUCUUCAUCAAAGACUCCACCUAAACAACCAAUAACCGGAAUUCAACAACCGGUGGUACAAGGUCAGACCCAUACCGAGAUUUCGAACAGGUUUCAGAGUUUAUCAAUGGAGUAUAUGCCAAUCUACCAAACCGUACCACCUUACUACAACUUUCCACCUCUUAUGUUCCAUCCAAUGUACUAUAGCACUCCUGAAGUACCGGUUAGGUUUGUUCAUCCUUCUGGUAUACCUGUACCAAGGCAUAUACCGAUUGGUAUGCCUCAAUCUCAGUCGAAUGAAGCUUCUAAUAUGACAAAGAAAGACGGUUUGGAUCUUGAUAUCGGUUUGCCUCCACCUCUUCCACAAGCUACUACCGGAGCUACUGACUUGACUGGUCAUGGCGUUAUUCAUGUGAAAUGAAAUCGCAUUUUUGUUUGUUUAUUUAAGCAUGGUAUAGGUAUAUUGCUUUUUAUGGUGUUGAGUUUACUUGAAUAUAUAGCUCUUAUAUUCAGAAGUUUUGCCAAUCGGAUUAUGUAUCAUUUUUCUCCAGAUUAGAUCCAAUAAAAAUA